GAAAUACUUUUUCCUUCACUAGUUAUUGUUCAUUGGUACAAUUUCGUCAUAAACUGGAGAAGAGUUCAAUUUGCAAUAACUUUCUAGGCAAAUAAAAUUUUUUUUUUGUCACUUUUACUGUUUUGUUACUUAUGAAAUGAAUUGUAUUUGUAAAAAAAAAUACAUUAAUAUAUAAAAGUUUGUGUAUAAUAAUCAUACCUGGUUCAUCAAAGACUUUCGUAGCUGCGUCAAUAUUCUGUUUAACAAUUUUAGAUCCGGUUAUUCAACGUAAGGUAAGUUUUGUACAGCAUAAAGGGCUAACAACGAUUGCUUUGUUUGAAAGCAUAUGUAAGAAAAUUGGGCUUUGGUCCUUUAUCGUGUCGGAAAUAUGUCUGACGCAUUAACUGCGCCAUUAAUUCCACAACUGCAAGAGAUGCAGCAGCAACAACAACAUAAUGGGCCAAGCGCCAAUGCCUCUGGGGCUCAACAAUGGUAUUCUAAUCCUUGGUAUGCCAAUCAACAAUAUCAGCAGCAGUAUAGCCAGUAUUAUCAGUACUAUAUGCGUUAUGGAUUACAACAACAACAACAACAGCAGCAACAACAACAGAGCAAUAACGCUCCACCAGGAUUUAGUAAUUGUGUAAUACCACAAUCUGAGAAAAAUUUGCCGCCACUACCCUCAGGUCCGCCACCACCUCCGCCACUCAUGCCAGGUAGUAAUAAUGCACAGUUACAGGGCAAUCAAAAAGGUUUUGGAGGAAUCCGCUUUAAUUUAAAUCAGCAAAAGCGCUUAUCGAAUGCACCAAAUCCGUUGCAAAAUUCAACGCCAGGAACAAAUUCCCCAGUCUUUCAAAAUAAUAAUAUAAAUGCGAUGAAUUGUAUGAAUUCGAAUAACAAUAAUAAUACUGGGAAAAAGAAACGUAAGCGUAAUAAGAAACAAAAUUCACUUCAACAACAGCAACAGGCUGCUUUCGAUGCUCACUUUGAGAAUCUAAAUACAAGCCAACAAUUGAACAACAGCUUUGUUAACACGUCAUUACCACCACCUCCGAUUCCAUCUCCAAUAACUGCUGAUUUGACAAAGCCGCCACCGCCUAUAACACCGUAUAUUAAUUUAAAUAGUGCCAACACUGGAAUGGUUGCUACACAGACCGAACAGAAACCAAAUGUGAACAAUAUGACAACGCAACAUUCCAAUUCUGUAGAAAUGUCUACAAAGAAAACAACACUCUUUAAUAAUCCAAAUGAUGCUUGGCCAGAAUCAUUAAAUAAUUAUGUAGCUCGUUGCUAUGCCAAGUGUGCCACCGAUUUAGAUAAAGAUCAAAUUGAUAUAUGCUUGAAAGGGAAAAUAAUGGCGGCAGCGAAUCGCAAUGAGCUUUGGACAAGAGAUUGGGAUAAUGAGCCUAUUCCAAGUGUCCACAGCGAAAGAAAUAAUAUACAAAUGCAGCUGUUUAAUCAGCAUCAGAAACAACAGCAGACUCAACAAGAAAAUCAAAAUUAUAAACAACAAAAUCAAUUAGGCCAUAAACAAACAGUACAACAAAAGAAUUUGAAAGGUAUAUCGCGUAGUUUAAAUGCAAGAUUAGGUCAAAGAAAUUCGUUUGGAGGUGCUCAAAGAUCAUCAAAGGAUUCAAGAAGUCGCUCACGUUCGCCGCAAACAAAUAAAUACCCAAAACGAAAUACGCGUUCGCGAUCUCGUAGUCCUUUGCAUAGUCCACGCCGUAAAACACGUCGCAGUUCUAGUUCGGAAUCUCCGGAACGUCGGUCGUCUGAAAACUUUAUACCAUUAAAUAACUCCUCUAGUAAAAAACAAAAAGUAAAUUCUAAAAAGGGGAAACACCUUAAAAGUCCAAAUGAUUCGUCUAAUUUGAAAUCCAAAAUCCCUUUUUAUUCAUCUUCUAUUGGAGGUGCUAUAGACGACGAUUCGGCAAGAUUGCAACAACGCGCUGCCCGUUUCUCCCAGGGGGUUUCAUCUCAAAAAUCGGUGGUUGCCGUAUCUAGUAGUCCUUUCGGUCAUUCGAAACAACAAAAAAGAAAAUUCGGUGGUAGCUUGGGUGGACGAAUGUUUAUGGACUCUGACGCAUCUGGUGGGGGUUUUGAGACAGGGUUAGAUUUGUUUGAUUUACAUAUUGUAGGAACUUCUAGGCUUUUAGAGAAAUCUUUUCUACGUUUAACCAAAGCACCGCUGCCAUCAGAAGUGCGUCCCAUUGAGGUGUUAACGCACUCUUUACAAAACGUCAAAGAAAAGUGGAGAGACAACCAGGAUUACUACUAUGCUUGUGAUCAGCUUAAAUCGAUUCGUCAAGACCUGACGGUUCAAGGUAUUCGGGAUAAAUUUACUGUAGAAGUAUAUGAAACGCAUGCUCGUAUAGCUAUGGAGAAGGGUGAUCAUGAGGAAUUCAAUCAAUGUCAGACUCAAUUGAAAAUGCUUUACACAGAAGUGGGGCCAAGUCUAAAUAGUUUGGAAUUUACCGCAUAUCGAAUUUUAUAUUAUAUUUUCACAAAGAAUACCUUGGACACAACGACUGUUUUGCGAUCAAUUAAAGAAUCUCAGCGAGAUAAUCCAGCUAUCGCCCAUGCACUCGCUUUCCGUUCAGCUUGGGCUCAGGGUAACUACUGCAAGCUGUUCAAACUUUACAAGACGGCACCACUUAUGGCGGGUCAUUUGAUUGAUUGGUUUAUCGAUAGAGAGCGCAAGAAUGCUUUAAACACAAUUAUCAAGGCAUAUCGCCCGACAAUCGGUAUUGAGUAUGUAACAAAUCUGCUAGCAUUUGAAAGUCAAGAAAAGUGCAAAGAGUGGCUAUCUACCUUCAAUUUACCUAUAAUUGGCGCUAAUGGUGAUCAGAUUGAUUGUAAAGUUGCAGCAGCAGUCACCGUUUAGUCAAAUACUGGGGAAAAUAUUUAGGAAGAAGUGAAAAAAGUUCUAAAUAAUGCGUAAGCAAUUGUUAUGCAGCAGUAUGUGCAGUUAAUUUUUUAUUAACUAUUUUUGUUGAUGUUUUAAAUCUGUGAGCGCAGCUGUCUUUGCGCGGUGCAUAGCAAUGCUACCAUCACAUAGUUCGACUGAGAUAAACAAUCGCUCUCUACGAUAAAGCCAGCAAUCUUCAAAUUCAAAAAUAUGUAAGCGUUAAAAUAGUGCAAAAACACCUCACUGGGUACACUUCAUAAAAAAAGGAGACAUUUGCUCUUUUAAGGGUGUAAGAUUUGUACAGUUUGGCCCGACUUCAAAAAUGUUUGAAUCAAUUAAUAAUUUUUUGUGGGGCUUGAAACAUUUGAAGAGCAUAAAGGGUGAUAUAAUAAUUAUCUAAUAUUAAUUAGCUAUACGCAUAAUGCUCUAAAUUCUGUGAAAUACCGAAUAUAAACUGCAAUUAACUCACAUUUCGUAUUUAGUCCGUUAUAAUUUAUAUAAAUAAACGAAAGACAUUAAAAUAAAUAAAAAUCAAAAUAUCGGUCGUCGCGCAAUAAAAAUUAAAUAAAGACGUUGCUGGCGAGAUCAUUGAACAGAUCAACAGCACAUUCAGCCGUGUGAAUAGCAGAAGUUUGAAAACGUAAAAUUCCAGUGGAGCGAGUGCGGUUUUAAUUCCGGAAACGAAACACAAUGUGCCAAUGGGAUAUAUUUCUUAAUAAGUUAUAUUCCCGUACAAAUGCUGAAUCGCCCCUUAAUUGUGCUUUUUCCAAAUGCCACAGCCUCAUCGGCAAUGAGCCGAUUUUCUUCGAUUAUAAUUAAUUUACUUCAAUUAUAUACACAAUUGAGUUGGAGCAAGGAAUAGUUAAAAAUAAUACGAAUUAUUAAUGGAUAGAGAUGUAAUUUUCAGAUUGAGUGUAAAUUUUUGAAGUCCAUCGCCUAGUUCUGAUUCUUGCUCCCUCAGAAAUUUAAAUUUAAAAAUAGGUUCCAAGUUUACGCAUGAUUUGUAAAACUGUCUUUACCGAGUUACAUUGUUAGAUAUUUUAAAUGUUAUUUCUUAUUAUUUUAUCUAUUCUGCAAUUAUCGGUGAAAUGACGUGAGCGUUUACGAAAUUUGUCGAUGCUGUGUCUUCGUUGAGAGGGCAAGAAAGGGCGUUUAUCUUGGGGACAACUACAUUGUCAUCAUUACAAAGAUUCGCCAAAAUGGAUCAUGUGUGUGGAAUAAUAAAUUACAAUCCUUUAAGUCAAUACACAGUUGAGAUAAGUGAACCAAGCUCAACAAUUCUCUGAAUUCACCGGACUAGAUCUUCCUGCGGUUUUAUUAGCUCAUGAAUAUGCUAAAACAUAGCUACUGCGGCAUCGGUGCAGCAGCUGCCCUUCGAUAUCAUCCAUUUCACACACUGCUAAAACGUCGAUUUGAUAUAUUAUUACAUGUUAAUUCAUUAUUUUAAGUAUAUAAGGCAUUUUAAGGUUUUAGUAUUAAGUAUUUAUAUAUAAUUAUAUAUAUAUGCUUGUUAUUGAUUUAUGAUUGUUUUUUGCCAUUUGAAAGUAACCAGCAAAAAAAGAAAAACGCUUCCGUGACUUGCGUUUGGUUGGUUCAAGAAAUUUGCGAAUCUAUAAGAGCGUUCAAUAAAAAGGACUACAAAAUUAAA